AUGCUUCGCAGGCUGCCUGCCCGGCGUCUGGGGCGCCGGGGCUUCGCGCGGGCCGCGAAGCAGCCGAGCGACGAAGAGUUUCUCGAAGUCUACGACUCCUGGCGGCACGGGAAAGUCGGCAAGGUCCCCCCGUCGGCUCUGCAGCCUGCUUCCGCUGACUGGCUCUUGGCAAGCAAGGGGAAGGUCCUGCACAACACGGUCUUGGCAGCUUGUGGGCGCCUGCACCGUUGGGCAAAAGCCCUGGCAAUCCUGCGUGACAUGGAGCUGUUCGGAGCUUUGCGACCAGGACGUCGCGGCUUGAUGGACAAGUUCUCCUACAAUGCCACUUUGGGGGCGUGCGCUUCUGCCCAUCAAUGGGAAGCAGCCUUGGAGCUCUUUCUUGAAAUGCAGCGUUCUGUCACUCCUGAUGCUAUCUCCUAUUCGGCGGUGAUUGAAGCUUGUAAAGGUGCUCGCAAGCAGGGCGUCGCCCAGCUCGCCUCCAAGUGGUCUGAGCCAUGCUUGCAAGCGACGGUGUCCGAAAUCAACCGUGACAGAACUUCCCCUCGCUACCGCUAUGCCGUCCUCUCCACGCCGCUGGACACCGCCCUCCUGAACAUGGCGAUCUCUGCUUAUCAGUGCGGUUCGCAGACGGGAAGUGCGCUGAUGCUUCUUCGCCGAGCUGGGGCACGGCUUGGGCAGCUCGUGCUGCCGGCUGCCAAUCUGGACAGCUACAUCCUGGCGGUUGUGUCCCAGGCAAAGCAGCACUCCUCUGGAUGGCAAGUAGCUUUGACUCUUCUGGAAGAGGUAUGCCGGUCGAGGCUGCAGCUCGACACGCAGAUGUUUACCGUCGUAGCCGGUGCCUGCUCCAGGGCCUAUUUCUGGAGCGCUGCUCUGGACAUUCUCAGAGAAUGUCGACAUCAGUGCCUCGACUGGGACAUGUUAGCAUACAGCGCCGUUCUGCAGGCAUCCUCUCGCUAUUCAGCUGCGUCUAACAUGAGCUUUAAGAUGCUGUGGGGGCAGAUGCAGCAUCAACAAAUCCAGCCCGACACCGUCACCUACGGUGCGGCCCUCGGACUAUGCGAGCGGUCACACAGAUGGGUCGAUGCACUGCACCUGGUCAGCCAAAUGCAGCGUCCAAAUGCAAUCUGCCUAACUUCGCUCUUGGCAGCGUGUGCCGCGGGCUCUGCUUGGUCAUGGGCCGUACAUCUCUUCUGGACGAUGCCCGCGGAGUGGGGCUUCCGCCCGCAGCCUGCAAACAUGGUGAACGUCCUGCACGCCCUUGGCAAGGCCUUUCGCUGGCAGCAGGCUUGCAGCCUGCUUUCCGAGAUGGAGUGGGUCGAGAGCAUCUCGUGGCAGCAUUACUUCGCAGCAGCCGGCGGCUGCGGUGAAGCUGGGCAGUGGCAGCAAGCAUGCCACCUCCUCUUCGAGAAUCUGCCGCACCACUUCAGGUUUCCUCCAAGCUACCGGUUCAGCGCGGCCAUCAGCGCCUGCAAGAGCGCCCUGGCACUCUGGGAGAAGCAGGGGACUUCGGGUGCGCAGCUCCGCUCCUCCUCCCUGUGGGAGACGGCCCUGGCACUCUUCGAGUCGGGCCUGGAUAUACAGACGGACUUCCACGACGCGUCCCAGGCUUGGGCGCCGCAGGAGGCCACGGUCUUCAGCGCGAUCAUCAGCACGCUUGACAAGGUGGCCAUGUGGGAGGAGGCGCUGGGCAUCUUCCGGCGGAUCCCGCCCAGCAAAGUCAGCGAGGCGGACUACAUGACGGUCCUGCUCGCCCUGUGCAAUGCCCAGCAGCGGCCCCUGGCCCAGCAGAUUUUUAACCAGAAGACCCUGCACCUGCGUGAGAUCCGGGAGCACCUCCUCCGGCCGGAGCUGGGCUGCCCUGUCUUGGACCUCCACAACAUGCCCGUGGCGGUUGCGGAGCUGGCCGUGGAGUCGGCCCUUGGGGCUCUUGAAGAGAGAGCCGAGGCUUCGCAAAGCGGCAGCAGCAGCUACCAGAUUCAGAUCAUCACGGGGCGCGGGUCGCGCAGCGAUGGCGAAGCCUUGGUCCGGCAGGCGGUGCUGCGAAUGUUGGGUGCAAGAGCAGAUGUGUCAUUUCAGCAUGAAAACCCGGGACUGUUGAUCUGCAGGAUUCCGAAAGAUUCCGCAAGACGAUGA